UUGUCAAUUCAAAACCUGUUAAAAGCCUUUGUGAUAUCAUUCCAAUUUUUACACUAUCAUGACGGAAGCAGAGGUGGACAAAACUGAAGUCCUCUUCAAGGCCCUAAGUGCAGAUGACCCUGAGGCGACUGAAAUUGAAAGCCUGUGCAUGGAGUGCAUGGAAAAUGGCAUGACAAGGCUAUUGCUGACGAGAAUCCCCUAUUAUAAAGAGGUGGUCAUCAUGUCCUUUGCUUGCGAGCACUGCGGCGUGAGGAACAAUGAGCUCCAAUCGGGCGGAAAAAUUGAUGACCAAGGGGUGGAAAUCACUGUGACUUGUGAGAAACCCGUAGACCUCAAUCGUCAAGUGGUCAAGUCAGAUUACACUUGCAUCAAAGUACCUGAGCUGGAGUUUGAAAUCCCUUCGCAGAGCCAAAAAGGAGAGGUAACAACAAUUGAGGGAGUGCUCGACAGGAGCAUUCAAGGUCUCGAACAGGAUCAGACAUUGAGACGAAUCCAGGACCCUGAAGGCGCAAAGCAAAUUGAUGAGUUUGUUGUAAAGCUGAAAGACCUCAAGACCAAGAAAUUUACCAUGAUUCUCGAGGAUAUUAGUGGCAACUGCUUCGUGGAAAACCCAAAUGCACCUGCUGCUGACACUGGCGCGACGAUGAAGCGUUUCACGCGCACUGCUGAACAGAAUGAAAUAUUGGGCAUUUACAGUGAGCAGGCCUCUCCCUCAUUUAUGGACAGAGACCCCUCGGAUUUACUUCAGGAUCUGCAGAGUGAGGUUCUACAGUUCAACACCAACUGCCCCGAGUGCAACGCUCCCUGCAUGACCAACAUGAAAGUGACAAACAUUCCCCACUUCAAGGACAUGGUCAUCAUGGCCACAAACUGCGACGCAUGUGGGCAUAGAACCAAUGAAGUAAAGUCAGGCGGAGGAAUCGAACCAACCGGCGUCAAAAUUGAGGUGUCUGUCAAGGAACUGAUUGACUUGAAAAGAGACGUUCUCAAGAGUGAUACUUGCAAUGUGGAAGUGCCAGAGUUGCAGCUGGAAGUGGGUCCACAUGCUCUUGGAGGCAGAUUUUCCACAGUUGAGGGCCUCUUGGUCGCCAUGAAAGAGCAACUCCUGGCUCAUUGGGGAGACAGCGUGACUACGGCGACUUCGAUAAAGUAUGACGAGUUUUUGGGCAAAAUGAAUAUGGCGCUGGAAGCAAAACUUCCUAUAACUCUGAUUCUUGACGAUCCUGCUGGAAACUCUUAUGUUCAGAGCUUGGAUGAUGAAAAAGAUGCUAAUUUAAAAGUCACGAGAUAUGAACGCACUCAUGAGCAGAACGAAGACCUGGGGUUAAACCACAUCAAAACUGAAGAUUACCAUGAAGAGAGUUGAUUUUUUUUAAUUGGAUUGGCUAAUUAAUUUCUAAUAAAAUUGUACUUUUUCUUCA